AUGGUCUAUUGCUCCCGCUAUGGACCGCUAGUCACAGCGGUGUGCCCGCAUCCUUGCCGCCGUGCUGACCUAGUCACGCCCCCUUCGCUAGUGACCUCCUGUGGGGCCACCACAAUAGGCGGGUCAACCUCUGCCCUGCGCAACGACACAAGUAUUCUUCAACCUCUGCUCUCGCUGUCGUCUUCAAUGAACGUCCGCUCGCUCGCCGCCCACCACCUGAGGAAGAGGUUCAUUUGGACGUUAACUCAGGAGCCCUAUUUCUACGGCAAGUAUGACCACAGCGACCACGAGGGCAGCCGAGGCCAGGCAGGAGGAAUGACGGAAACAGGCUCAGAGACGAUGCCUCAGACCAUGGCUCUCCGGAACCCGACCUCACUUCACAAACGACUGUACCCACGCUGGUAUCAGGCCUACGUGUACAAGACCCCAAGCUUCAACAGAGCGGCAACCCCCAUCGGUGGAAGCAAGAGGUUCCAGCCGCUGCACCCCCUGGCAAGGUUCAGGGGCCUCGCUAUGGGAAGCAGCCCCGGGUACUCAGCAGGCUACCACAUCCCCUCUGACUUUCCCCUCUCGGACCAGCCUGGCCACCCCGUGCCCUCAGCCCCCAAUGCCCAGCCCUCCCUGCCUUACGACGACGACGUGAACGAGGAAGGCCUGGACGCUGCCGGGGACGACGCAGAUAAGAUAAGCGCCGGGGACCUCCUUCGCUUCCUGAAGAACAUCGCCAGCGACAGGGGCCUUUCGAGUCACACCAAGAGCUUCAGGUACGGCAUCAGCAAGAGGAAAUAAAGAAGAGCAAUAAAAGGGAUUGGAGAUGGAGACAACUAAAGGAAAUAGGCCUAAAAAUAACAAAAUACAAAAUACAAAAGUAUAUGGUGAAUUUUGUGGGACAGUAAUAUAGGGUUUAUGUAAUCAAUUAUAUCACAGAUAAACAAGAA